CUGCCACUGCACUACUUCGACGGCAGCAAGAAGAAAAUUGAGAACAGGUAUACGGAAUUCCUUGUCUCGAUUUUCUUCUCAUCACUAGAUCCCUUCGCUCCACCAUCGGAUGGGUGAAUCUACUUUUAUCCAUCCCGGAUUUGACACGUCGAAGAAUGUAGCCACGAAAGUGAAGAGUAUCACGAACAAUAAAAAAAUUCACGUCUGCGUUGAAGAAAACGAACCCAACGAAGCAAAAUAAGUCACGCCUUCGGAACGCUGUUGUACGCACUAGCGUUUUGCACGAAAAACAUAGAUUUUUCAAAAAUGAGUUCUUAUUGCGUCUAAAGAAAUUACCUUCCUCUCUUCUCGUCAAUGCCGGAGAAUCCUUUGUUGCUUAUUCGCAUAAUGUUAGCACCGUCUUCGACUGAAACAUACUCAUCUUCAUUCAAAGAAAAAAGAAGACUUAUUUCUCGUUGAUCGCAUCCCAACUAAUAUUCUCACUGUUAUCUCCAUAACUCCGUCUUUAACGAUCUUUAGUCAAUGCCUCCCAACAAUAAAAUGAUCGUUAUUGAUUCUACCCAUACUGAAAGCUCCCCACUCCUUAUCAAGAAAGAUGGUAACGAUCAAAUCUCGAUCGGCACGGACAAGACAUACAAUUCAUCCGAAGACUUUUCUGCCGUUGGCAGUGAUGGCUUUCGCCCGGAUCCUUCGUCCGUCGUGAUUUUGCUACACCGCGGGAACGAUAACGAAAGCGAAAGGAAAGACCACAAUGACGGUGAUCACACCAAGCUUAAAAGCAACAACUGCGAAGAACCUCUUCAAAAAUCCCUCAUUGAAGGCCUGGCAGAGGAAUUCCACGACAUUACCGAAGCCGCACUCAAUGAGGUCUACUAUGUCCCCGACGAUGAAAACUACAUGAUCGAAAUGGGACUCACCCGAAAUCUUAGCAUUCUCCACGACGAUGUGGUGGAAGCCAGCGUUUUGUUACAGGGGAGCUUGCUACUUACAUCCGAAGAUAACUAUGACACCGAGGCAGGAGAUGACAAUUGCGCAGAACGAUUUGUUCCGGGUGCUGUUGCUGCUGCCGUGAUCGUUCCGUUGGGUGCUUACCUGCUACUCUUCAGCGCCAUUGUCGCGAUGAGCACUAUUGGACCAUUGCUCGAGCUUCAGGGCGACACUACCGCAACCAUGAAAGUCCUCUGGCGCAUGAUCGGGACGUCCCUGCUUCUUGCACCUCGGGCUUUGAUUGAUAUAUACCGCCAGGCCGGCGUGCUGAGACUUACCCCACCCCAAUGGAUCACAUUUUUCCUGAGCACCUUUUGGUUCGUGGUCAUGGCGAUUGGCUUUUGCUUGUCCUUGGAUUAUACAUCGAUCGGCAAUGCCGUGAUUCUGAGCAACAGUCAAGCGCUGAUGCUUCUGUCGGGCAGAAUGUGCACCGGCGCCCCCGUGACGAUGCUGGAAUUCACCGGCGCCAUAGUAGCCUUUGGCGGGGCCGUGCUAUGUUCUAGGGAUGCCGCGGAUACCAUGGACGACGACAAGGACGAGAGCAUAGGAUUCGGAACGACCAUCACGGGAGAUCUGCUCGCUUUAGCGAGCGCCAUCGGCGGGGUCGGAUACGUCACGCUGGCGAAAACAUCGAGGGCUCAGAUGUCAUUGUUUGUCUUCAUGUUUCUGACCAUGGCUUUGGGUGCCGUCAUUGUCGUGUUAUUCCAGGUGGCAGUGCUGAAAGAGAUAGUCACCUGGGAUCGCGACGUCGUUCACGGAGUAUGGGGCUUUCUGGUAUGGGACCGAUUCGAUCGGCUUCCGUUGGAACUGGUGGUGGUGUUGAUCUGCAACCUGGUUGGAACUAUGGGCUACGUCCGGGCAAUGCCCCACUUUGAUGCCAUCGUGAUUUGUUCGGUCCAGCUCCUCGAACCGACCAUCGCCGAGUUUUUGAGCUACUUUGCGGGCGUUGGGGUGUUGCCGGGGCUCUUGGGUUGGAUCGGGAAUGCGGCGGUCGCGGGUGGUACGCUUGUGGUGGUCAGCGAGAGCCAGAAAUUCCAUGACGCGUCGAAGAAAACGAGCGACGUGCAUUGAAAAGCGCUGUUCUAACUAUUGCGAUCGAUGCCUAGCGAAGAAUCAAUUAAGAGAAGCACGAAAACCGAAGAUUAGAUUGAAUAUACUUCGUAAUGAUAGAUAUCAUGGAGCAGGAUGAUCAUAAAAAAUUAAAAUAGAA